ACCUCACGACAGCUGCCUCACUAGCUAUAUCGCAAUGGCAGCACCAGCGGCACAGUACAAGGACAGGCAGUUCCUGGCCGUCAUAGGCGAUGAGGACACUUGCACGGGCAUGCUGCUUGCCGGCGUAGGCCAUGUUACCCAGCCGCCAGACAGCCAGAAGAACUUUCUCGUUGUGGACGCAAAGACCGAGACCUCGGCCAUCGAAGCAGCAUUCGACCGCUUCACCACCGAGCGCAAGGAUAUCGCGAUUCUACUCAUCAAUCAACAUAUCGCCGAGAGGAUACGACACCGGGUUGAGACAUACACGGCUGCUUUCCCUUCCCUUCUCGAAAUUCCGUCCAAAGACCACCCCUACGACCCUGAGAAGGACAGCGUGCUGAAGAGGGUGAGGAGGCUAUUCGGAGAGUAG